UCAUUCAGUUCAUUUUGUUGAUCACCAUGGGAGACGGUGUGUCCCUAAUUCAGACACUGAAGUUAGAUGAACUCAUACACCAAGAAAUCCUCCAAGAUUACUAGACCGCCAUGUUGGGACAAAGGGCUGUGGAGACCACCAGUACCGCUUCUCAUCCACAUCCAUUUGACAGUUGGCUAGAGGGUGAGAAAACAGGAGCUGCUCUGCUGUUGUCCGGUGUCUUUCUGGCGAUGGUAGGUGUCACCUUCACCGCCAUGGGUUGGCAGCACUUUGAAGCCCACCAGAGCUUUCAGUGGACCCAACUUCUAGGCCCCAUCCUGAUCUCAGUCGGAGGUACCUUCAUGCUUACCAGUGUGUGCAAGUUUACUUUGGUCUCCUGCUGGCCUUGCAGACGACAGGAGGAGGAGGUUUAUGUUAUACCUGUGAGGGAACAAAACUCAAGGGGACAUCCAGUCGUGGUUCAUUCCAUGAACCAGCCGGUCAUGUUGCACGGCAAUGCAACCAUGCUGUGUAUUCCACCUGCUUAUAACUUUGUCAUUCAGGAAACACAACAAGAAAACGACCCCCAGCCUGGCUGCUCUGUGGGUGGCAAUAACUCAGCGCUCCCGUCGUAUGAAGCUCUUUACUGCCUGGACAACGCAACUUUGACUGCAGAAUCCAGCACACCUCACUGCAGAGAAGCAGGCCAGAGAAGCAGAGUACAGAAGAUGAAAAGUGAAAGAGGACGCCUAGACGGGAAAGAGUCCACCUGUUGUCAACCACCUGCCUAUGAGGACAUUUACCCUUCCUCUACGACACACAAUUCAGCAUAAGGAAAACAAUCUCUUGUUGACGUCAAGCAUUACUAUGAUGACAUUCUUUCUUUUUCUUGUUAAAAGCCAAAAAAAUCCUUUUUUUUCCCAAUUUUUUAUGUGAAAUAGAUUCUGUGCUGUAUAUGACAUCUUUUUAAUAAAUCAUUUGUUGAGUAUUGCUUCACAGGAGCACAAUGGAGACUUUUGUUGAUUUUUUUCCACACCGUCAUGAAAAUGUCAUAAAGUAUAAAGACAUAAAAUCCCCAUAGAUGAGGACUGCUUGUUGAAAAGCUCAUAAAAAUGAGACGUUUCAACAAAAUAGGCUCCAAAACAGUAAUAUUUAAAACAUACACAUUUAUUUUGUGCUUUCUGUCUGUCAGUGCACAAUCGUACACGAAAGCUUGUGAAAGAUUGUUUAAAAAG